AGCUUUCUGAGAUUGUUCAGGAAAAUGCCAUACUCAAAGGCAAAAUGGUCACCCUCCAAGAAGCCCUCCAAAACACUGAACUGGAGACGAAAGCUAGUCGGGAAACCAUAAUGAGGCUUGUGUCAGAAGUCGGCCGUGAACAAAAAACUUACAAACAUAUCAACUCUGAUGUCACCAAUAUGAGAGUGGAACUUGAUAAUGCAUUGGCGUCCCGAAUUGACCUAGAACGGGAAAUUGAAGCACUGAAUGAACGACUUGAAGCAAGUCAAAGAGCAUGGCGCAACGCUAGAGAUCAACUCGAAAAUCGAGAUCUAAAUAUGUCUACACUAGAUCGAGAGAUCAAAGAAAAAGACUACAGGGCUCGUGAUGCUUUCACACAGUUGACGUCCCUGAAGGAAUCUCUGGUGUCCAUAUUGGGUGAUCGUUAUGGACAUGGGCAUGGGGCCCCAUGUGAAGAUGUAAUUAAAGAUAGAAUCAGGAGUCUUGUUACAUCAGCAAGAGAUAAAGAUGCUAACAUCGACAUGCUAGAGCAAAAGGUCCGUAACUUAACAGAACAAUUGGAGAGACAGAUUGAAAUGCAGAGAUCAGCGGAACGUAAAAUCCGUCAAGCCCACAAUGAUGCUGCAGAUAUGGAAGACAGACUCCAUCAUGCAGAGAAUGAUAUUGCAGCGACAGAUGCACUCAAGGAUGGGUUGAGAACUGACAAACAUAGGUACUUGAAAUUCAUGGAGAGAGUUGCGAGUGCAAUGAAAGUGGACACAAUCUCAGCCGAUGUUGGUUUUGACAUGAGCGGUGAUGCAAUCAUCGCCAGGGCAGAACAGCUUCAGCGCAUGGAGAUGGAUGCCCUUGCAGACAAAACCACGCAUGUGUAUAACCUACAGAGGAAGAUCAAGAGCUUCAAAGAUCAACUUGAGAGCAAAGACCUACAUAACGAUCUUCUACGCAAGAAAAUUCAAUUCUGA